AUUUGCGGCUGCGCACGAAGUAAUUUUACUCUCAAACCCGGAUGAAACCAACGCCUAACUUGUCGGUAGAAAACGAUGCAGACUAUAAAAUGUGUAGUUGUUGGAGACGGUGCAGUUGGAAAAACCUGCUUACUUAUCUCCUACACAACGAACAAGUUUCCCUCAGAAUAUGUGCCCACAGUUUUUGACAAUUAUGCAGUCACAGUGAUGAUCGGAGGAGAGCCCUACACACUGGGCCUCUUUGACACAGCAGGUCAGGAGGAUUACGACAGGCUGCGUCCUCUCAGCUACCCACAAACAGAUGUUUUCCUCGUAUGUUUCUCUGUCGUCUCCCCGUCAUCUUUUGAAAACGUCAAAGAGAAGUGGGUUCCUGAGAUUUCUCACCACUGUCCAAGUACACCUUUCCUGUUAGUGGGCACACAAGUAGACCUCAGGGAUGACAGCAACACUGUUGAGAAGCUGGCUAAGAACAAACAGCGCCCCCUGAGCACCGAGAGCGGGGAGAAGCUGGCACGAGAGCUCAGGGCCGUCAAAUACGUGGAGUGCUCUGCGCUCACACAGCGAGGACUGAAGAACGUGUUUGAUGAAGCCAUACUCGCAGCUCUGGAACCUCCUGAGAUCAAAACUAAGAGGAAAUGUGUUCUCCUAUAAGAGAAUACCAACAAUGAGAGAUACUUGUGAUGUACGAAAUCACAGGGAAUAUUCAAGAGCAACGUUGAUGGUUAUUUGGGAGAAAGAAAAUAAGGACAAACCAAACGGGGUGGGAAGAAUAGAUUUCCUUUCUACCGCUCGCUCUCUGAUUGUAUCUCCUGAGUUAACCUUAAACGUGGCCUCCAACAUGCAAUAUUUGUCCUUCACUGAAAGCUUUUAGAAACUACUGUAUUCUGUCUAUUCAGGUGUCCCCUCUCCUUUUCCCUUGAUGCUUACUGUAAUUAUUCCAUGCUGUGUUCUAUUUGUUUAAGGAAAUAUUCGUUUUUGAAGAGCCCUUUGUUCUCAUUGUGUUUUAAGUAGG